UGAAACAUCCCUUCAUAAAAGGCUAGGGACAGGUUGCUGCAGUCGUCAGCCAUCACCCACUCAGACAUGCAGCGGUGGUCGGGACGUGUAGCUCUCGUGACAGGAGCCUCGGCCGGUAUUGGGGCGGGGCUGGUCAAGGCACUGGUCAAGCAUGGCAUGAAGGUGGUGGGGUGUGCAAGGCAUGUCGACAAAAUACAGAAACUAGCUGAUGAGUUGAAGGAUGAACCUGGCACGGUCAAGGCAGUGCGUUGUGACGUAUCCAAGGAAGAAGAUGUCCUGGCGAUGUUCCAGAUGAUCAGGGCUGACCCUGACCUUGGCGGGGUGGACGUGUGCAUCAACAACGCAGGUCUGGCCCACAACGAACCUCUGUUGACAGGAAGCACUCCCCUGUGGAGAGAAAUGGUGGAUGUGAAUAUCCUCGGCGUAUGUGUGUGCACCAGGGAGGCCUUUAAGUCCAUGCAGGAGAGGAAGGUUGAUGAUGGGCAUAUCAUCCUUCUCAACAGUCUGUCCGGACACAGAGUGAUGCCGCUGCGUGCAAUGCAUUUCUAUUCCGCUACAAAGUUUGCUGUCACUGGGUUGUGUGAAGGACUCCGAAAAGAGCUCAGAGAGAUGAAAAGCGGGAUCCGUGUUACGUCGAUCUGUCCUCGUUUGGUGCAGACAGAGUUCUUCACUCGAAUGUACAAGGAUAACGAAAAGUCCAACGCCGGUUUUAGUGAGUCUCUGCAGCCUCUCCAGACGGAAGACGUCGUCAGCACAAUUGUAUUUGCCCUGCAGUCGCCAGAACACAUGGAGAUUAUAGACCUUCUGGUGAAACCUACUUCUGAAGCCAUUUAGCUGGACGAAGAAUAUAAAGUACAAGAUAUCAGAGAACGACCAACGACUUCUUGAAGCAAAUAUUUUAAUUUUGACAGAACAAUCUAUUUCAAAUGAGUUAUAGUAUUACAGAAACAUAUGUUAGCUGGUUUACACACCUAGUGUGUUGGUACUGUUUUGUUUUGUUUGUUUGUUUGUUGUUUAACUCCGCACUCAGCAAUAUUCCAGCUAUAUGACGGCGGUCUGUAAAUUAUCGAGUCUGGACCAGACAAUUCAGUGAU